CAGAUACUGAGUCAGUGUAGCUACAGGCGGAACUAUCGUUUGGAGUGUGUUUCCGGGGACGUUUGGAGAAGUCGGACAAAGCGCUAGUGGAUGCCGAAUCGGCGCUUUUAAAAAACAACAAAGGGAUUAAAUGAAUAAAUAGAGAAUAAAUAGAGAUAAAAAGUGAAGAUGAAGUAAAAUGGUAGUAAAAUACUCAAUAAGGAAUAAAGAGUUGUAGAUAUUGAAUUGUAAUUAAUUAAAGAUAAAAGAGUGUUGAGUUAAAGAUGAAGCUGUUGAAACCUCACUGGAUCAGUCACAACGGGAAGCCGAUAUUUUCGGUUGAUAUUCAUCCAGAUGGAACCAAGUUUGCUACCGGCGGCCAAGGUGAGGAUUCUGGGAAGGUGGUGAUCUGGAACAUGGCUCCGGUUCUCCGAGAGGAAGAUGAGAAGAACGAGAGCGUUCCCAAAUUACUCUGUCAGAUGGACAAUCACUUGGCGUGUGUGAACUGUGUCCGAUGGUCCAAUAACGGAUUGUACCUGGCAUCAGGAGGAGAUGAUAAACUGGUCAUGGUGUGGAAGAAAGCAGCGUUUAUUGGACCCAGUACCGUGUUUGGUUCCAGCAGUAAACUGGUGAACGUGGAGCAGUGGAGAUGUGUCACCAUCCUCAGGAACCACACUGGAGAUGUGAUGGAUGUAGCCUGGUCUCCUCAUGAUGUUUGGCUGGCCUCCUGCAGUGUGGACAACACCGUCGUCAUCUGGAACGCCCGGAAGUUUCCAGAGAUGGUGGCGUCUCUCUCAGGACACUCGGGGUUGGUGAAGGGUUUAUCCUGGGAUCCUGUAGGGAAAUACGUCGCCUCUCAGGCUGAUGAUCGAAGUCUGAAGGUCUGGAGAACCAUCGACUGGCAGCUGGAGGCCAACAUCACCAAACCUUUCACUGAGUGUGGAGGAACCACUCAUGUUCUGCGUCUCAGCUGGUCACCUGACGGUCAGUACCUGGUCUCUGCUCACGCCAUGAACAACUCCGGCCCCACCGCGCAGAUCAUCGAACGGCACGGCUGGAAAACCAACAUGGACUUUGUGGGGCAUCGCAAAGCCGUGACUGUGGUGAAGUUCAAUCCGAAGAUCUUUAAGAAGAAGCAGAAGAAUGGCGGAUCAUCUAAAUCCAGCUGUCCGUACUGCUGCUGUGCUGUGGGCAGUAAAGAUCGAUCCCUCUCAGUCUGGCUGACGUCUCUGAAGCGUCCUUUGGUGGUCAUUCAUGAUCUUUUUGAUAAAUCCAUCAUGGACAUCACAUGGACUCUGAAUGGUUUGGGCUUGUUGGUGUGUUCGAUGGAUGGCACCGUGGCAUUUUUGGAUUUUUCUCAGGAUGAACUUGGGGACGCCCUCAAUGAAGAGGAGAAGAAUGCCAUUCACCAGAACCUGUAUGGUAAAAGCUUGGCCAUCACUAUGGAAACGCAGCUCUCCACCACCAUUAUCGAGAAUCCGGAGAUGCUCAAGUACCAGCAGGAGACCCGAACCACCAGCGCAACCCUGGGGUCCAGCAUGGAAAGUCCCACCCCCAAACUGAGCAGCGUGGUGAACGGGGAGUCACUGGAGGACAUUCGGAAGAAUCUGUUGAAGAAGCAGGUUGAAACGAGAACCGCUGACGGCCGGAGAAGAAUCACACCGCUGUGUAUCGCUCAGCUGGAUACUGGGGAUUUCUCGCCCGCUCUCUUUAACAGUACCCCCAUCAUGCCCGGCUCGUCGUCCACUCAGCUCUCAUCUGACUCCAACACGACCAAUUCUCUCAGUCUCAGAGUCUCACAUGAACCAGCAGCUCAACCCAAACCAUCACAGGAACCAGUCACCACGCCCCAGUCCAAAACCACACCCGACAUAAAGGACAGCGUUUCUCCAUCAGUGAAUUCAGCUGGUCUGAAGCCCGUCCUGCUCCUCACCUCCGUCUCCAAAAUCGAACCAAUGAGAGCUCUGGAUUCACGCUUUACUGAGCGCUCCAAGGUCACGCCACCGGUCAGCGGUUCACCUGCAGCCUCCAGCGCCCCCGCCCUGGACAGGGUGAAGGACAGCACUAGUGUGGUUGCUGCUGGUGGAGCUGUUGGAGCUGGUGCUGGUGGUGCUGGUGGGAGUGGUAUAAAGGAGCUGAAGGUGAGGGAGGACUCCAGCAGUGACAGUGAAGAUAAAAUGGUGCUGAAAAUGAUGCCCACUCUGGUCAAGCGCAGAAACGACUUGGACGCCUCCACCCUAGAGGUGGUGGAGAAGAGGAAAAAGGGGCGACCCAGGAAGGACACCAAGCUGCUCAUGAGUGUACCGCAGGUCUACACACAGACUUCAGUACCGGUGGAGAAGGAACCAUCAGGAGCUCCAGCACCUGUAACCACCCUGAAACUGCCUAAACCUGCACUACAGAAAUCAUUCAGCACUCAGGUGGGUUCGGACCCCACUGUGUACCUGGAGGUGGAGAACGAGGUGUGUGUGGUUGCCGGUUCUCGGAUCAGUCAGCUCCGCUACAACACGUCCGGCCGUGACUGGAACACGGUGUUCACUAGCCGUGUCGUCAUAGCAACAGCCAGCAGUGACGUGGUUGCAGUGGCAUGCGAGGAUCGGACCCUGACGGUGUUCUCGUGCUGUGGGCGGAGACUGGUCCCGCCGAUCAUGCUGUCUGCACCAAUCGCAGCCCUGCACUGCUCCACCCACUACGUGAUGGCGCUGAGCGCCUCGGCCACGCUUUCCGUCUGGGAUGUACAGAAUCAGGUGGUUCUGGUGAAAAAUGAAUCUCUGAGCUGCAUCUUAGCAGGUUCUGAUACGGUGGUGUUUUCAUUAUUAACUGAUCGUGGAGUUCCUGUCGUCUCUCUCUCGAAUGGGAAAUCUUACUGCUACAGUUCCAGCAUGGAGACCUGGAACCUGAUUGUGGAUAAGCAGGACUCUCUGGUUCAGUGUGCAGAUUUCAGUAACUGUGUUUCUUCCCAUGAUCCACUGGUCUCCUCCGGCCCUCUCGCCACCACUCAGGGACGUAAUCUUAGUGCGGGGAGGUUAGCGUGCGGUCUCUCCUCCACCCCACACAACAUCCAGAAGCUGAUGACGCUCUCGUUCCUGGAGAACCAGCUCUCCUCCACCCUCAUCCUGCAGUCUGCCAACGAGUACAGACACUGGCUCCUCAUCUACACCCGCUUCCUGGUUAACGAAGGUUAUGAACAGAGGUUGAGGGAGCUGUGUAAGGAUUUACUCGGUCCAGUUCAUAAAUCCAGCAACACGUCAUGGAAUCCGACUGUACUGGGUCUGAGGAAGAGGGAGCUGCUGAUGGACGUGCUUCCUGUGGUGGGACAGAACCUGAGAUUCCAGCGUCUCUUCACUGAGUAUCAGGACCAACUGGAGCUGCUCCGCCUUAAAUAGUAACGCCCCCAUGACCACGCCCUGACCUGAUAUAACCCCGCCCACUCACCCGGGCUCUGUAGUGUAGAUGUGAGAGUAGCAAUACAGAUUUACAAAGAGAAGUAACUAAAGUCUCACCCCCUGUCUCAUUCUCUGUCUCACCCUCUGUUUCACCUUCUAUUACAGUCUGUCUUACCCUCUCACCCUCUGUCUCACCCCCUGUCUCACCCCAUCUCACCCUGUCUCACCUUCUAUUACAGUCUGUCUCACCCUCUGUCUCAUUCUCUGUCUCACCCUCUGUUUCACCUUCUAUUACAGUCUGUCUUACCCUCUCACCCUCUGUCUCACCCCCUGUCUCACCCCAUCUCACCCUGUCUCACCUUCUAUUACAGUCUGUCUCACCCUCUGUCUCAUUCUCUGUCUCACCCUCUGUUUCACCUUCUAUUACAGUCUGUCUUACCCUGUCUCACCCUCUGUCUCACCCCCUGUCCCUCCCCAUCUCACCCUGUCUCACCUUCUAUUACAGUCUGUCUCACCCUCUGUCUCACCCCUGUCUCACCCUCUGUCUCACCCCCUGUUUCACCUUCUAUUACAGUCUGUCUCACCCUCUGUGUCACUCUUUGUCUCAUGUAUAAUUAUACACUAAAUAAAUUGCAGUACCACUGGGUAGCAGUUAAAUGCUAAAACAGUACAGACAUACACGUCGUGAGACAGACAGGUUUGGGAUGGAUGGAGGGAAGCAUCUGAGUGCUGAUUGGUUGUUGAAGCUCCGCGUCUCUUUUGUACAUAUUUGUAAACUUUUUCAUUUUUGUUAAUUUGUAUGAAAUGAAUGAAAUAAAGUGAUACAUAAUUCUGCAA